GUCGAACUUCAUGUCCACCUGGAUGGAGCCAUUAGACCAGAAACCAUCUUGCACUUUGGCAGGAAAAGAGGGGUUCCUCUUCCCGGCAGCACUGUUGAUGACCUCCUGAAGCAUGUCAGCUACAAAACACCACUGACACUUACCCAAUUUCUAGAGAAGUUUAAUCACUACAUGCCUGCCAUUGCGGGUGACCGCGAGGCGGUGAGGAGGAUUGCCUAUGAGCUCGUGGAAACAAAAGCAAAAGAAGGCGUCAUCUAUGUGGAGGUCCGGUACAGCCCUCACCUCCUGGCCAAUUGCCGCGUAGAUCCCAUCCCCUGGGGCCAAACUGAGGGAGACCUCACUCCAGAUGAAGUCGUUAACCUCGUAAAUCAGGGACUACAGGAUGGAGAAAGGGAUUUCCGCAUCAAAGCCAGGUCUAUUCUAUGCUGCAUGCGCCAUAUGCCAAGCUGGUCUCCAGAGGUGGUGGAGCUCUGCAAGAAGUAUCGUAACAACUCUGUGGUGGCCAUUGACCUGGCUGGGGAUGAGUCUCUGAAGGUGGAAAAUUCCUCCGAGCAUAAGAAGGCUUACGAGGAAGCUGAAAGAUGUGGGAUUCAUCGUACUGUCCAUGCUGGGGAGGCUGGCCCGCCUGCCAUGAUCAAGGAGGCAGUUUACCUCCUGAAGGCUGAGCGCAUUGGCCAUGGCUACCAUGUCCUGGAGGACCCUGAGCUCUACAAGGAGCUGUUGAGAGCAAAGAUGCAUUUUGAGGUCUGCCCUUGGUCCAGUUACCUCACUGGAGCAUGUCUUCCGGACUUUGGGAAACACCCAGUAGCACAAUUUCAGAAGGAUCGUGCUAACUAUUCUAUAAACACGGAUGACCCCCUCAUCUUUAACUCCAAUAUUGAUAAGGAUUACAGCAUAAUGAAGGACUACAUGGGAUUCACUGAAGAGGAGUUCAAGAGAGUGAACAUCAACGCAGCUCAGUCCAGCUUCUUACCUGAGAAGGAAAAGCAGGAACUGCUGGACACACUGUACGAAGCCUAUGGGAUGGUCCCCAACGCAUUGUGA